AUAAGGUGGUGCCUUGUAUCCCUCGGAUUCAGAGUAUGAUAGAGGAGGCCUGGAAAGAAGGCCUCGACCCUCAGGGUGCAUCCCACUUCAACCAGCGCCUGCAGGGAACACGGGCUUGGAUCGGAGCCACAGAGAUUUACGUCCUCCUCACCUCUCUGGGAAUCAGGUGAGUUAUUUCCAUUCUGUUAGUGGUUUGAGUUCAUCACACCUGCCUGCGACACAUAACAGAAGUGCUCAUCACAAUGAACCAGCUAGAUUUAUCUUUUAUUAAUUUUACAAAUGAUAGACCAAAAUAAAAUAAAAUAAAUCCAGUAUUCAGUUUAUUAAAAACUAGAUUAUAGAUUACAAUCUCUGUUACAAAAAAAAAGUUGGGAUG